CUACGGCGGCGGCGGCGGCGGCGGCGGCAGGGCGGCGGUGGCAGAUCGCGGUCAGGGCGACGGCUCGGAGGCCGAGGGUCUGUCGGGCAGGGAUCUCGGUGCCUUUCCUCCGAUGUGCUCGUGGUGACCCACCUUCGUACCUUCCCCACGUUUGAAGAUGGUGAAGCUGGACAUCCAUACUCUGGCCCACCACCUCAAACAGGAGCGCUUGUAUGUCAACUCGGAGAAGCAGCUCAUUCAGAGGCUAAAUGCAGAUGUGCUCAAGACAGCCGAAAAGUUGUAUCGUACAGCCUGGAUUGCAAAGCAACAGAGAAUUAAUUUGGAUCGGCUUAUUAUAACCAGUGCUGAAGCUUCCCCAGCUGAGUGUUGCCAGCAUGCCAAGGUUUUAGAAGAUACACAGUUUGUUGAUGGAUAUAAACAACUGGGAUUUCAAGAAACUGCUUAUGGAGAAUUCUUGAGUCGGUUAAGGGAGAAUCCUCGUCUUAUUGCCUCCUCUUUGGUUGCUGGAGAGAAACUCAAUCAAGAGAACACACAAAGUGUUAUUUAUACAGUUUUUACCUCCUUGUAUGGCAACUGCAUUAUGCAAGAAGAUGAAAGCUACCUCCUUCAGGUUUUGCGAUACUUGAUUGAAUUUGAACUUAAAGAAAGUGACAACCCCAGGCGGCUUUUGAGGAGAGGAACUUGUGCCUUCAGCAUCUUAUUUAAACUUUUUUCUGAAGGACUGUUUUCUGCCAAACUUUUCCUCACAGCUACUUUACAUGAGCCAAUCAUGCAGCUCCUUGUGGAAGAUGAAGACCACCUGGAAACAGAUCCAAAUAAGCUAAUUGAGAGGUUCUCCCCAUCUCAACAAGAAAAGCUCUUUGGAGAGAAAGGCUCUGACAGGUUCAGGCAAAAGGUUCAAGAGAUGGUGGAUUCCAAUGAGGCCAAACUGGUGGCUUUGGUGAACAAAUUUAUUGGUUAUCUCAAACAGAACACAUACUGCUUUCCACAUAGUUUGAGGUGGAUUGUGUCCCAAAUGUACAAAACUCUCUCCUGUGUGGACAGACUGGAAGUGGGGGAGGUCAGAGCAAUGUGCACAGAUCUCCUGUUGGCUUGCUUUAUUUGCCCUGCAGUUGUCAAUCCAGAGCAGUAUGGAAUAAUUUCCGAUGCUCCUAUUAAUGAGGUGGCAAGAUUUAACCUGAUGCAGGUUGGCCGCCUUUUGCAGCAGUUAGCAAUGACUGGUUCUGAGGAGGGAGAUCCCCGGACGAAAAGCAGCCUUGGAAAAUUUGAUAAAAGUUGCGUUGCUGCUUUCCUUGAUGUUGUGAUUGGGGGCCGUGCAGUGGAGACACCACCGAUGUCCUCUGUUAAUCUUCUGGAAGGGUUGAGCAGAACUGUGGUUUAUAUCACAUACAGUCAGCUUAUUACUCUGGUGAAUUUUAUGAAGAGUGUGAUGUCUGGAGAUCAACUGAAGGAAGAUAGAAUGGCUCUUGACAAUUUAUUGGCAAACCUGCCCCAGGCUAAGCCAGGAAAAAGCAGCAGUUUAGAAAUGACUCCCUACAACACUCCUCAGCUGUCUCCAGCAACCACUCCGGCCAAUAAAAAGAAUCGAUUACCUAUAGGACAACAGUUAGCAGCCAUCACUGCCUGGGACUCUUCAGCCACCAACCUUACUGCUCAUAUUCCUCUAGUAACCCCAUUUGCAACUCGGAGCAGAAGCCGAAGUAAUAUGCUAGUGGACCUACAUAUGGAUCACGAAGGUUCGUCUCAGGAAACCAUCCAGGAGGUCCAGCCAGAAGAGGUGUUGGUCAUAUCCUUAGGGACAGGUCCCCAGCUUACUCCAGGGAUGAUGUCAGAAAAUGAGGUCCUAAACAUGCAACUUUCGGAUGGAGGACAAGGAGAUGUCCCUGUUGAUGAAAACAAACUCCACGGUAAACCUGAUAAAACCUUGCGCUUUUCCCUGUGCAGUGAUAAUCUGGAAGGCAUAUCUGAAGGUCCUUCAAAUCGUUCCAAUUCCGUGUCCUCCCUGGACCUAGAAGGAGAGUCUGUAUCCGAGCUUGGGGCAGGGCCUUCUGGGAGUAAUGGAGUCGAAGCUUUGCAGCUGUUGGAACAUGAACAAGCUACCACACAGGAUAAUCUUGAUGAUAAGCUGAGGAAAUUUGAGAUUCGUGACAUGAUGGGACUAACAGAUGACAGGGACAUAUCAGAAACCGUGAGUGAGACCUGGAGCACAGAUGUCUUGGGAAGUGACUUUGAUCCUAACAUCGAUGAAGAUCGCUUGCAAGAGAUUGCAGGUGCAGCAGCAGAGAACAUGUUAGGCAGUUUGCUGUGCCUUCCGGGCUCAGGGUCAGUGCUUCUUGACCCCUGCACGGGUUCAACCAUAUCAGAGACAACAAGCGAAGCUUGGAGCGUAGAGGUAUUGCCAAGUGACUCAGAAGCCCCAGACUUAAAGCAGGAAGAGCGCCUCCAGGAGCUUGAGAGCUGUUCUGGCCUGGGCAGCACUUCUGAUGAUACGGAUGUCAGGGAGGUCAGUUCCCGCCCCAGCACACCAGGCCUCAGUGUCGUGUCCGGUAUAAGUGCUACCUCUGAGGAUAUUCCCAAUAAGAUUGAAGACCUGAGGUCUGAGUGCAGCUCUGAUUUUGGGGGUAAAGAUUCUGUAACUAGUCCAGACAUGGAUGAAAUAACUCAUGGUGCCCACCAGCUGACCUCUCCUCCUUCUCAGUCAGAGUCUCUGCUUGCCAUGUUUGAUCCACUUUCUUCUCACGAGGGGGCUUCUGCUGUGGUAAGGCCAAAGGUUCACUACGCCAGGCCCUCACAUCCACCACCAGAUCCUCCAAUCCUUGAAGGAGCAGUGGGAGGCAGUGAGGCCAGGUUGCCCACUUUUGGUUCUCACAUUUUAACUCCAGCUGAAAUGGAAGCAUUCAAGCAAAGGCACUCUUACCCUGAGAGACUAGUUCGCAGCAGGAGCUCUGACAUAGUAUCUUCUGCCCGGCGGCCCAUGAGUGACCCCAGCUGGAACCGGCGUCCUGGGAAUGAAGAACGAGAACUCCCUCCAGCUGCAGCCAUUGGUGCUACUUCCUUGAUGGCCGCACCUCACUCUUCAUCUUCAUCCCCGAGUAAGGACUCCUCCAGAGGAGAGACUGAAGAACGCAAAGAUAGUGAUGAUGAGAAAUCAGACAGGAACAGACCUUGGUGGAGAAAACGUUUUGUUUCAGCCAUGCCAAAAGCUCCUAUACCAUUUAGAAAGAAAGAAAAACAAGAAAAAGACAAAGAUGAUCUGGGGCCUGACAGAUUCUCAACACUCACAGAUGAGCCCAGCCCUAGGCUCAGUGCACAAGCUCAGGCAGCAGAGGAUAUUCUGGACAAGUACCGGAAUGCCAUCAAACGGACCAGCCCCAGUGAAGGAGCAAUGGCAAACGAGGAAAGUGCAGAUGUCAUGGGUGAUGGUGAAAGUGCACAUGAUUCUCCUCGUGACGAAGCACUGCAGAACAUCUCUGCUGAUGACCUCCCAGACUCUGCGAGCCAGGCUGCCCAACCUCAGGAUUCAGCCUUCUCAUACAGAGAUGCAAAAAAGAAACUGAGGCUUGCUCUUUGCUCAGCAGACUCUGUUGCCUUCCCGGUACUAACACAUUCAACGAGAAAUGGCUUGCCAGACCAUACGGAUCCAGAAGACAAUGAAAUUGUAUGCUUCUUAAAAGUUCAAAUAGCUGAAGCAAUUAAUUUACAAGAUAAGAACUUAAUGGCUCAACUUCAAGAAACCAUGCGCUGUGUGUGCCGUUUUGACAAUAGAACGUGCAGGAAGCUGCUGGCCUCCAUCGCUGAAGACUACAGGAAAAGAGCCCCAUAUAUCGCUUACCUCACUCGCUGUCGGCAAGGACUGCAGACCACACAAGCUCAUCUGGAAAGGCUCUUGCAAAGGGUCUUGCGGGACAAAGAGGUGGCUAAUCGGUACUUUACCACUGUCUGUGUGAGGUUACUGCUGGAGAGCAAAGAAAAGAAGAUCAGAGAAUUCAUUCAAGACUUUCAGAAACUCACAGCAGCUGAUGAUAAAACUGCUCAGGUAGAAGAUUUUCUACAAUUCCUUUAUGGUGCGAUGGCUCAGGAUGUCAUCUGGCAGAAUGCUAGUGAGGAGCAGCUCCAGGACGCUCAGCUGGCCAUUGAGCGCAGUGUGAUGAAUCGGAUCUUCAAGCUCGCUUUCUACCCUAACCAGGAUGGGGACAUACUGCGUGACCAGGUUCUUCAUGAGCAUAUCCAGAGAUUGUCUAAAGUCGUGACUGCAAACCACAGAGCUCUUCAGAUUCCAGAGGUGUAUCUCCGUGAGGCCCCAUGGCCAUCUGCUCAGUCAGAAAUCAGGACCAUCAGUGCGUACAAGACCCCCCGGGACAAGGUGCAGUGCAUCCUGCGGAUGUGCUCCACUAUCAUGAACCUGCUAAGCCUGGCCAACGAGGAUUCUGUCCCAGGGGCAGAUGACUUUGUUCCUGUGCUGGUGUUCGUGUUAAUAAAGGCAAACCCACCCUGUCUGUUGUCCACCGUGCAGUACAUCAGUAGCUUCUAUGCCAGCUGUCUGUCUGGAGAGGAAUCCUACUGGUGGAUGCAGUUCACAGCAGCAGUGGAAUUCAUUAAAACCAUCGAUGACCGCAAGUGACGAAGACGCAGGCCCACCUCGGCAGCAGACUGUUAGUCGGGCAGACAUCGCUGAGAUGCAGCGGCUGCUUUGACAUCUAAGGAUUGAUUUGUAGAGUACUGUACAGCAGUCAGACAUUUUAAACAGAUCUUUACUAAACAGAUGAAUGCGCUAACAAGCAGGUUCUUUUCUUUGGGUUCUUUUCCUCUCUGAGUUGCAUCUUUCAUCUCCAAGUAGAGAGUAACACUGCAAAAAGGGACCACGAUUUUCAGGCAUUUUGAAAUAUUUAAAAAUAGAACAGAAUCUCUUAGUAAAUUUUCAGAUCUCCAUUCAUGGAUACCCAGUUCUUUCUUUUCAUUUUAAAAAGAACAAUACACCUCUUUUAAGAUGCUGCCUAAUCUAUAUGCAGCUGAGGGAGGAAGGAACCAGUGGCACUGAGGACCCUGGCAGUGGUGCAUUUAUGGCAUGCUCUAUAAAUACACUCACCUGAGUUCAGAAGCUGAGAAGGAAAUGUAAAUAUCAUAUAUAUUUAUAUUUGAUGUAAUAUGGACAUCUUCAGAUUCUAAUAAACAAAGACAGUUGCUGAUAGUAGGUCAUGACAUACCCUCUUGUGAGAUGGUUUCCUUGACAGAAUUUAAGCUGAGCUUAAGAACAAACCCAGAAAUAUUUAUUAACAUGUAAUACAGUUUGGUGAACUCUCCAUGUAUGGAGUUUGACAAGGAGAGGAAGUCACAUAGGCAUUUAUCCCCAUGGGCACCUGUGAGCCUGCACGCAGGAGUCAGACUCACUCCUGGAUGUUACAUAAGAAGAGCAGUACACGUCUGACUUCAAUGUGGUACUUCUCAUCCGAAACCCCGAGUAUGCUGUAGGAACCCCAGACAGAGCUCCUUACGAACCUUUCAUUGUAAUAUAUUUUAGAUGAUUAUUCACAUUGAAUGCACAGACCAGGAAUUCAGUGAAUGUCAUUUUUUAAGAACUAAUUUGUAUUGUCUGCUCUAGUGAUACACGUUUUACUAGUGUUAAACUAUUUUAACCAUACUAUUCUUAUGGAAAAAAAUCUAUUUUGGCAGGUUUUUGUGCCUUUAUUUCCCUCUUCUGAGAAAAAGAAAGUAUGUGUUUAGAAGUUUGGUUUGCAUUGUAAUCAGUGAUCAGCCAAGAGUGGGCUUUGGUAUCUGAGCAGCUGGCCGGGGAGGCACCAGAGCUCCAAGCACAAGUCCUCCACACACACCAUCACCCACUGGCUUAGCUGUGUAUGCUUCCUAAAUGUAGCACUUAGCCUCUUUUAUGACAAGUGCUGCAGUCCCAUUCUUUGAGUCCCUUGUUGCUGCAGGAUAUUCAGCUUGUUUUUUUUUGUUGUUGUUGUUGUUUUUAAGGGACCUGUGACAAAUAGCCUUGAGCAGAUGCACACAGAGCUAUCUGCUGUUCAUCUCUUUCUGAGGUCAUUGUCCCCUGAUGCCAAAAGAAGCGGGAUUUUCUUCACCCUUCCACGUCUUCUCAUUUAUUUUAAAAUACUAAAAUAGUAAUUUGCACAGGAAUAUGGGAUGUGGUUUCUGCCUUUUAGAGAGAGCUCAGAAUUAAACUAGUCCUACAGAAUGUCCUUUUGAAGAUCAAGUCAAGAAGUCAUGUGCAGUCAUGUGCUUCCUGGGCUGUCAUUGUCAGCUCUGCAGGGGUUCUAGAGUCACAUCCCCCCAUAAGCACAUUGCAAGACAGACAGGAACACGGCUUCCAAGACCUAGAUGGGAGUUCCUUUACUUCAGUAUCUGAGUCAAUAAAUGUUAAGUCAACAGAAGGCUUUUGAAUAGUUGGAAUUCACUGUUAUGGGACAGCUUGCAAAUCAAUGAGAGAUUUUUCUCUCUCUAAAUAUAUUCCAUAUUAUCACUGUGGAAAUAAAUACGAACAUAUGGGCAUUGCAUGAGGGCCUUUUUUUUCUGUGGAGGAGAAGGUAGCAGAUUUGGGGUGCAGAAUUGCACUGGAGAAAGAAAAUAGGGCUUCACAGUGCCCAAACCACUGGGGAGGUUGAAUUUGGCAUUGUGACACUUUUGGACUCAGAGAUUGAGGAGCUCCAUAUUAUUCCGGGGGUAUAGUCAUGUUUCCCUUUGGAAACCAUAUCAGGAGGUGGGAGGACUUCAGCAUUAACCAUCACUGGUUAGAUUUCAUGAUAGGAUUCCUUGUAUUUCCAAAUUCAGGAAUGAGUUAACUCUGUAUGACAGUGACCACAUGUGAGACAGAAAAUGAUUUGUCUUUCUGAGAAAGAGGAAUGGUUGUCCUUCAAAUGUUUCUUACUGGUCUUCAACACUUUUUUUUCUCCAUGAAGGAUUAGUGCAAAAGUGCAAAGCCUCCCUUGGGAAAUAUUUGGUAGCCUCCAAUUAUUACAUGGAAUUUUAUAGUUAGUAGAUACUAAAUGUGGAGGUCAUGACCCAGUUUGCUGAAAGUUCAUGCAUAUUUCUGUUAACAUUCUGCUUCUUGAUGGAAUAGGAAUACAGAUUGAAGAUUUUUUUUUUUCUCUUUGUAAAUGGUAAACGUUUUUAUUUUUUCUCUCUACCUUAGGUAAAAUCUUGGUUACAGUAAUUACUUCCUCUGCUAUUUCUUUAUAAAAAUGUGUUUAUGAAAGCCUUGUGGUAUAGGUAUAUGGCUGUUGGAGGGGAAUUGGGCUUUAUGGGCAUUGAAAAUUAAUGUGAUCUACAGUUGUCUUUUUCCUCUUGUGUCCCUAGAUGCCUUUACUGAAGGAAGACUUCACAAAUACAUGUUCUUGACGUACUUAAGCAAAGAAAAUCCAGGCCCAAGCAGUGGGGAGCUGUGUUCUUGUCCUGAGAACCUGUGCCCAUCUGCAUGCUAAGCUGGACACUGUCCUUGCGUUGUUAGCUUGGCAGUUGCAUUCGGGCCAAGUGAAGGCCAACCAGGAGUUUUAAAUGUCUUCCUUGGGUGUGGCUGGGUGUGGAGAGGGAAGCUAGGAACACAUCUGCUGGAACUCAGUGAGUUGAAUAGAUGUGAUAGAAACUUAGUGUCAUUAGAGUGUGGGAGUUAGUCUAGUCUCUUCUGACUCUCCAUCCAUUUUGUUUCUUUGCAGAAAAGUCUUUUUCCCUCUUUUCAGGUCUUUGAAAUCCCUAGAGUUGAUCUUGCAGUUGCUGUAAUUGAGGAGGGAGUGUUAGAAACUGUUUUCUCAGAGCUCAAGACAGUUUUAGCAAGUAGACGUAUCAGUGAUGGACUAUUUGGGAUACUUUGAAUGCCAAAACACUGGAGCUAACUAGGCAUGGUAGCUCAUACCUAUAAUUCAAGCACUUGGAAAGCUAAGGCAGGAGUAUUGUCAUGAGUUUGAGGCCAGUCUUGGUUAGAGUGAGACCUUGUCUCAAAAAAAAAAAAAAGAAUAAUAAAAAGCUAAAAGCUUAAGAGCUUUAUCAGAUGAGUAUUACUUCAUGUGCGUUAGAAUGUAGGUUCCCAAGAGGCAGGGUGACCCAGAGUAGCUUUAUCACUAUGAAAACACAGGAGGAAUGGUGUGGAGCAGAGCCGGCUGCGAGGGUGGGCUGGGGAGAAGACGACCCAGGGCAGGGCCUCUUGCCUUGCAAGCUCAGCCAAGGUAACUGUCCAUGGUGGGGCAUCAGCUGAGGUAAUUGUCUGUCUUGUCUGAUGUGCACCUCCUGUGUUAAGAAGCUUUGUACUGCCUUUCCUCCAACACCUUUAUGUAAGCCUCAGCCCAUGAGCUCGCACCAUCUUGUAUGUGGGCUGGAAAGCUGUCCUGCUUCCCAAUGAAAUAACUGUAUGGUGUCCUUCUGUGAACUGAUUAAAAGGAAGGCAGUUUCCUUUACUGGC